UUUCACUUAUAAAGUGAAUUUUUAAUAUAUCAUACUUAAUUAAAUAUUAUAUAGAUUAAAUAGUGAUGCCUCAUACAUCAAGGAUAAACAAAACCAUAUAAAACGAAAUAUAUAGAGACCCUCUUGAUCUCAAAACUCGUUCCCAUUCUGGAUGCAAGAGCGGAUCUCUUUGUCCCAGAUUCGGGAUCCGCCCUAAGCUGAUCACGUUUUUAAUGAUGUGAUUACAUUAAAUCGGUUGCAGGGACAUUCUUUAGUGGUUUUUGAGGUACUGCACACCAUAAAACUGGCGAGGCCUCUGAGAGGAUCCAGAUUUCCACAUCCUGCUUCUAGGGUAAAACCCUUAGGGAAGAAGAAAUGAUGCACGGCCAAGAAGGGAUCCUCCCUGGGGAAAAUACAUUGGGCGAUGUGGCCAUUCCAAUUCCUAUUCAAAUAUUUCUUUGGCGACAGGUCGCCCCGUUUGUGCGGCCCAAAUUAGGAAAAUUACAUGAGGCGUCAUGCAUCUUUUGCCAGCAUGUUAUGACGGGACAUCACGAGCUAAAAGAGGCUUGUAAGGUGUUCGAGAAGGUUUUGGUACAAAAUCUGUUUUCUGGAUUAAAAAAAGACAUCACUGAAGCGGCUAAAUCGAUUCCAAGAUGGCGGCUAAUCCAGGCUGCGUUGCCGCAUGUUAUGCACGCCAUCCAGUCGGUGUUGUACAAUCGAAUGAAAGAUGGUAACCUGCAAAAUCUGGGAGCAAUGGAAACCAAACUGCUCUACACCCUCCAUUGGAUUCUACUGGAUGCGGCAGAAGAAUGCGCCGAUACCGAUAUAGAAAAAGACGUUUACCAGUACUCCCAUUUCCAUUAUUUAUUUUCCAUUCCCACCAUUACCCUGUUUGUAUACCUCUUCGCUCCCCUUUGCCAAAACUUGAAAGAAUCAGAUUUCAACCAAAAUUUCCGUUUGGAAAACGGCCUAAAGAUCUGGCAACCUAUGUGGGAGUUCCGGCAUCCAGAAGCUUCCUGUUUCAUGUCCCACUGUAAACCUAACCGAAAUUUUUUUAUGGGAGAAACGCCAAGUGGCGCUCCCAGUUUCAGGACUUUUUCACCGGACGUAAGGGCAUUCGAUAGAUUUCCGGAAAAAACGUUGACAGAAGUCUGUUUUUCAGGCAAACAAUCUCAAGGAGAAACGGGCACCUCGGGUCGUGACAGUCCUGCGCUGAGUCAACAAGUCAGCUGCUCCAGCUCAGAACAGCAACAUCCCUCGAACGUUAUACCGUCGACUCCUGUUACUGUUGUGACAGCCACCAUAACUCAAAAAGAUGAUGACGCUAGCUGGGUAUCGUCCCCAAAAGACACGGUCUUUCCAGAAACGAUUCCCGAAGAAAGUUCAAGCACUGAAGAUGAACACGUGGUGAUCUUCAGUUUGCCACCCUUAAGUGAAUCUGAUGGAUUUUUACGAGAUCCAUCCAUUUAUACUUUUAAUCCAGUUGGCGAUGAGGAGGAGUGGGAGAACGAAUAA